GCGAAAAAAGUAGAGAUGUUAAAUUAGGUUACAAUUCUAUUUUGCAUCAGUGAAGCGGAUGCGAGUCUUUAGUCUCGUCGAUGAUGUCAUCGUGUUGGAAUUACGGCGGCUCGAAAGGCAUUAAAAUACGUUAAUAAAUCAGAUAUACCGAUAAAAAAAGUUACUAAUUGCCCCAAUAAUAUUCAAUUUUUGGUGAUUAUUUCAAUUUCGCCCACUUUAAACGUUUGAAUUGAUUUUUCUAUGCCUUUAAAACGUCCUCUUUAAGCCAGUGGCGGUUAAACUUCAUUGCCCAUGAUGCACUUCGCUAAAGUUCAACCCUCAUGCGUUUUUUUGGUAGUUGGGCUCAAAUCACAGGCGGGAGAAGAGGGAAGCAAGAAAAUGGUGGCAGGAUUUAAACUUUAAACGUUACCGUGUUGUUACUGUAAUAUUUAUUCUGACUUCAUUUUCAUUUGGCGUCAAGACGAGAGGAAAAUUAGAUUUUAAUGAACACCUUUUGACGUUGGCUCAAAAGUCGGAGACCCACAAGAGGAGAAGCAACAGGGUUAAAAAUGAUCAUGAAGACACACAAGCGCAAGCUCCAGCCGGAUCAGUCUUCAGAGGAUUCCCCAUGCAGUGGUGCAGUAGCGUGGGAGAAACAACGGCAAUUUGUGUUCAGCGUCUCCUUGCGCAAAUACCGUCGGGACCAGGAGCUGCCCGAGCCCAGCCUACGGAGGUCAGUCCUUAUUAGCAACACGCUACGACAGGUAGAAGCGUGUUUGGCGUCGCCGCCGGAGAACAGCUCGCCGUCUCCUGCCAAGAAUCAACGUAUGGCAGAAGCCGAGGACUGGACGUCGCUGUCAACAGACCCAGAUUUUGGCAUCACGCCCGCCGUCUCGUCUAUUCUCAGCGGGUUGGACUCUGAUGCGUCGCCGCGAGCGGCGCUGCGGUCCCUGGAGAACCUCCAAUCCUGCCCGGACACCGGCAUGUCGUGGUUGAAGCAGCAGGUCCGAGGCACGCACGGCCAGGACCUGAUGGAGUGGGAGGCCGGCGUGGAGGCGGCGCGUUCCAGCUACCUCAAGGACGUCACGGCCGAAGACAUGUUCCAGGACAUAGACACAUCCCAGUUGGAGAGUGACGCGGCCGCCCUCAGCCUACGGGCCGAGGAAAUCCCGUAUCACGGCGCAAAGGGCCUGCCGUCCUUUUCUUCUUUCAGCUCGCCGACGACGUCCCUCAGGGACGGCUUGGAUCUGGAGCACUUGGUGACUAUGCUGGUCGAAUCCUGACAGGUUUGAACGGGAGAUGUUGGAACGUUCUAUCCAGAUUCUUUGCAAACUAGUAAGACAACGGCAUAAAAUGCUGAAAGUGCAAGUAAGUUGUAUUAGUCCUUUAAAUUGUCUUACUAGAAAAGACAUUGCUAUAAAUGCGGAAAACGUGUUUCAACUCAUUUGCUGCCGUUGACAGUAAUGGACGAACCAGAGUUGCUUUAAAAGUGAGCCGUUUUUACAUUAAUCACAGUAACUUUGGAAUAUUACUAUUUACAACAUUUCUGCUGUUCAGCUUUUUUCCAUAAAUUGACAUUGGCUGCCAUUACACGCUAGACGUCCAGGUGACUGUUCGUUCAUUCACUCCGCCCAGUCAAAAGAUUUGACGGCACUAGACAUCCAUGGAAAUAAUCAGACGGAACUGUCGAAACACUAAAAUGUUACGUGGAAUCUUCCGUGAAGAAAAGUUUUGCCUCGUAUUUAUCAAAGCAGUUUGUAUGAAGAUAUUUUUGUCUUACUUUUGGUCUGUUUUGUAUUCAUGAAACUUUUGUUUCCUUGUCGGAGUAAACGCACUUUUUUUUUUUUCUUGGACGUUUUGAAAUACGCCUUACUGAGCAAAGUUACAUUUCUUCUGACAGUGUUCCAAUAAGACUCAAAUGUUUUUAUUUUGUGCUUGUUUUUUAAAAUGGAGGGCACAAUGCCAGUGUUGUAACUUCUUCAAAGAGAUUUGUAACAUUUUUCACUUGUACUAAUAUUUUUGUUAAAUUGUUAUGAUACAAGUGUUGUCUGGGCUUUUUUUCCCCUCCCCCCUCUCCAACUCAAUCCCUUAAUUCAACAUCUUUAUUACUGAACAAGUUAUUGUACAGAAUCUUGGUUAAAACAUAAUCAAUAAAGUGCAUCUCAAGCAUUCACAUCACAUAUUUGGCCCUAAACCACUAUGAAAAACACAUUGACAGCAAUAAACUUUCAAUCGGUUUUGACAAAAUUGCUUGGAUGUCUAUUUCCGAUAACUGCCGGGGAUUGAUAAACUGUUCGAGGGAGCAGUUAGACGCUAUGAAAACAUACCCGAAAAACAUACUUUGGCAUCCUUAGGCUGUGACGCAUCCAUUUAAAGUUCAUCAGAAACCGACUGAUGUUUCUUUUCAGUUCUUGGGCUGAAAAUUCACGUCACCGGUCACCCACGGAGUUGUACGAAGGGCGCUUUUGUCCGCCGCCGUUCUCCACGAUGGGCCGGCGGUCCUCGUUGGGGUCGGACACCUCGCAGCGUGGCAGCUGCAGGUAAGUGGUGAGGCCGUGCAGGUCGGCCAUUUUGUGGAAAGCACGCAGAAGCAGGUACAUCAUCAUCAGGCCCAGGAACAGGUACACUGAAAGGCACAUAAAACAUUCUCAAAAGUGAAUUGAAUUUCUGAAUUAGGGAUGUUGCGAAGCUGAUUUUUUUUUUUUUUUUUUCCCACUUCCGAUUCAAUUAAGAUAUGGGCAUUUUUAGCAGCCUUUUUAAUUUCAGUCAUAUUUUAGUCAUUUCAAAAUGUGUUUUAGUUGAUUACUCAAAAAUGUAUUUGAAAAUUAAACAGAAGCACAUACCGUAUUUUGUAGCAUCUACAACGCCAAUUUCAUAAUACUGUACAGGAAAAUAGUUCAAUUUUUUCAAUGAAUUAUACCCUCCUGGUUUAAGAUGGCGCUCGCUAUGCAAAAUGCAAAAGCUAUGCUAAUGCUACAAGUUACAUUUAAUGUGUGAUAGCACAGGCGUUUAAAGGCUAAAGCAAGAUUGCAUAUUCUCUCUUGCCAAGGCAAGAAAACAAAUCUUACAUAAAAAGCAUGGCCGGACCCAGAUGAGAUGGGGACGCGCAGCAUGUCAAAUGAGUGACACCGCCAAGCUGACGUGCCCCUCUUAUAAUACAUCAAAAUGUUUCGUUAUCGUUGAAGAAAAAAUUGGUAUGGGUAUCGGCACUGACAAAACAUUUCUAGAUGAGCAAUAAUAAGUAAUCCCUGCUGGUACCUCCUCAAGAAAUGCUCUGUGACAAUCAUUAGUCGAUAGAGAGGUAGUCUCACACAGCAGAAAUGCUUGAUGGUUGCCCAUGUAAUAGUUUGAUUUACAGCAGCCAAAAAGUGCCAUGUUGCUAAAAAUGUGAAUACUGGAUCUGAUCUUGUGACCAAAUCAGAUACUCCAUAAAUGGCUAUAUCGGGCUUCACUGCCGAUACAAACACUGAGUAUCGGAUUGGGACAUCACUAAUCCGAAUCCCUUUAUAGGGCACUCAUUUAACCCCUUCAGGCAUAAUGGUCAUUACAGUGGACAGCUAUUCAAAAGUUUGAAACUUAAGACCUUUAACCUUUUACAGGGCAAGUGACCAUUUUUGGUCAUUAAAAUAACUUAAUCAGCAGUUACAGUACAUGGCGGAUAACACAGACAAGACUGAAAAAGCAGUUGUUGCUCUUGCACUCCUUAAAAGAAACUGCUGUAUUUUAAGCCAUAACAACUGUUGGGUUUGAUGGACCAAUGUGUCUGUAUGCUGCCAUAGCAGAUUCAUGGCGCAUUAAGCCACCAAACUUUUUAAUUUGCCCUUUUUACCGUGGAAACCCCCGUUUACAGAUGUCGCGCAACCACUUUUGUUUCAACCCAGCCAUGAAAACAAGGUAAGUAAUUAUAUUAUUCAAAAUGUCAUUUUUUAGCUUAGAAUCAUUAAUUGAUGUCUAAUCUUUCAUUUAAAAAAAAAAAAAGGGGACAAAAAAUUAUUCACUCGCAUAUUUUACUUUUAAACAAAUUACGUCACAAUGAAAAAAAUUGGCGUCCGUAAAAAAGUAUAUAAAGGAUAUCUACCUCAUAACUAUCACGAAAUUGUAUUUUUUUGUUAGUCACAUUUUCCCCGAUAUGUUAGAUGAUAAUCGAUCCAAACAAAGAAAAAUUGAAAAAAAGCAUUUAAAAGUGUAUAUAUAUAUAUGAAAAAAAAAAUCUCGACCACUCUCCGAUGUCUGCGAUUUCUGCAUCACGACCCUUGUUAUAUUACCAUAUUUAAAAAAAAAUUUUUUUUUUAAAAUAAUGCCCUCCUGUCCAAAAUUUUUCUUUCCCCAGAAAAUUGAGAUUUUAAGCUUUCCAAUGAUGUAUCACACAUGCAUACUGGACAAUUUUGAAAUUUGGCCAAAUUGGGGGUCUCAGAGCGGAACUUCAAGUCACCUGAGUGUUUUCCGCCAUAUACUCGUAUAUUAUUAUUAGUCAUUAUUGUAUUUAAAAAAUAUAUAUGUAGAUGAAAUCUUCAUAAUGUUAACAAAAGCUAAAUUAAUGACAUUGAAAUUAAUAAAAACAAAGGUCAACCGAUAUAUUGGCCGGGCGAUAUAUGGACUUUUUCCCCAAGAUCAGCCAUUGGCCGAUAUGAUCGUACUUAACUUUAUGACUGUCGACUCACUGAUAUAUCGGCUGGCCGAUAUAUGGUUUUCUUUUCAAGAUCAGACGAUACAAGAUCUGUUAACAUUGUGAAUUUGCACCAUCUAGUGGACAGUAUUACAAAAGCAAGCAGAAGAAAUACAGGGUGCACCAAAGUAAACUUUUCAGCACUCUAAAAAAAAAAAAAAAAUAAUAAAAUAAAUAAAUAAAAUGAUGGAAGUAUUUAUUCACAGUAAAUAAAACCCUAAACAUGCCAUUAUAGAAACAAUUAUGGAAUUUUUUUCCCCCCCAAAAUUAUGUCCUUUAACAGGUGUCCUCAUGUACGAAUGUGUUCUUGAAAUCUGCAGAGGACUACUGUUCAAAGACAGGAAUUUUUUAAGUGUGGGCAUGAACAAGUGGCAGCACUGCAAGAUGGUGCCCUUCAGCAGGUAAUCACUGCAAUUUUAGUAACCAUAGUGAAUUCAGGAUGAAGUUCACAGUAUCCCAGCGGUCAAUGAGGACUCAACAGUAGAUGAUUGCAAGAAUGCAUUUGUUCAGGAGGACGCCAUUUAAAUGGGGGGGAUGCACACCUACUCCUCCCAGUGCCUCAGCAGAGCUCUAAACAUCCUCAAGGAUAGCUCACAUCCUGGUUUCCAGCUGUUUGAACUGCUCCCCUCUGGGAAACGCUAUAGGCGUUUAAAAGCAGGAACAGACUGAGGAACAGUUUCUUUGCUGAAGCCAUCUCCACCCUGAACUGCCAUAUGUAACACCACAUCACCCAAUGUCCAAUAUUCAUUUACAUGCAAUAUUCACGUGUAUUAUUAACGUGCAAUAUUUAUAUUCAAUGCCUCACUGUCAACUGUUGCUACUUCAAUUCACACACACACACACACACACUAUGUGCAAUAUUUACGUGCAAUAUUAACGUGCAAUAAUCAAUGCCUUCAAUGUCAACUGCUGCUACUUCACCUCAAUUAUUUGCACUACCUAAACAUGGGACUACCUCAUCACAUUUUACAUUUAUUUAGAUCUUAUACACUUGCAAGACACUUUGAGACUUUUACUUAUCCUGCACUGAAGCGGAGAUGCUCCACAAUUUCAUUGUCCAACUGUAUAAUCACAACAAAGGGCUAUUCUAUUCCAUAAUUUCAAUUACUAUGAAUAAAAUACGUUUCUUCCAUCAGUCUUGAUUUUAUUGGAAUGUGCAAAAGUUCCCGUUUUUUCGGCUCACCCUUUAUUUAAUUCUAUUCAAUACAUAUAUAUUUCAAUUGGCUUUCAUUACAAACAAUAACUACAUCAUUUGUCAGCUUCUAAAAUUGGCAACUGGCUGAUUUUUUUUGAAACUCCCAUAUCAGUCGACCUUGAAACAGAAAUACUUGGGGAUGGAACCACAGUGUAAACCAUAGUUAAUUUGUUUCCCAUAGUAUUUAAUGUGUUGCAUGCUAUUGGUGGCGACAGAUGUCCAAUUUAUUACAACAGACUAUGAAUGCUCAUAUCUCACAGCCAUUGAUGGCGAUAGACGUCCAAUCUUUUUGACUGGGAGGUGUGAAUGAAAAAUGUUCACAGACAAAAUUAACAUUAUUUCGCUCCUCACACUCAAAAUGGAUUGGAUGUCUAGUGACGUCAAUCGCAGCCAAUGAGUUAGCGUAGACGCAAUCCUAGUGACAAUUGAAGUGAAAUUCAUGCCAAAGGUGAAAAAAACAAGGUCUAUGAUUCCUGCUUUGAAGGCUACAUAGUCACAUGCACGACAAACUCCACCCACAAUUUGGCAGCCACUAAACUCAAGGAUUAUGACCUGAGAGUGAACGCUGACCAGGGGAUUAGUUGCCUUAUUUGGGUCCCGUUUAAAGAUUUUUAAAGCAACAUUUUAUUAACGCAUUCACUGCCAUUGAUAGCAAUCAACGUCAAAUCCAUAUGAAUGCAUUUCAGUGGCAGUGACAAGAAUAG